ACGCCACGCGCGCUGCUCGGUGUGUUUGUGUUAAGUCUUAUGUAAGACGGGCUGCCUCGUGUUUACAUGGUUAGUUACAGUAGCUGUAACAUGAUUACCCGGGAGCCCUUUAGGUACUGAUGAGGGCGCUGCAGUCAGCUUGGGAAUUUGAUCAGAUCAGUGAAUUUGAUCAGAAUGCGUUAUCAAUAUGCAGUCAGCAAAGCACGAGCCUGCAACUUUGGAGAGGCCAUAACUGUAUUAAUGCACGUUAGUUGAGAAUAUACACACAUUUACAUUUAAAAUGAUCCAUUUAGCAUGUUGAGAUGGGAAUACAGUCCCAGGACCGCGUAUGUGGGACACCAGCUGUAACUGCUUUUGCAGAAUUGAAGUUCUUGAAUUAGCUAUGAGUUAAUUAAGUUGCAUAGGCUAACCUGCUCUGACUGGUUAAUCGUCUGCAAACGAUGUCCAUAUUGAAACCCGUGUUAGUGCCAGAAAUGACUUGUCAUCGUUUAAAAAGAAGCAUGUUACUGUGCACACCACAGUUCAGCUGCGCGUGACCCACUGGCUGCCCGCCCCAGACCUGUAGGGUCCGACAACGUGUAGCUUUCACGCGGGGCCUGUGUCAGUUUGGUGUUAGUUAACCUAUGUCACGUAAGGCUGUUACAGUUCCGGCUUGUGGAACUUCUUCUCCAAGUUUGUGAUAUGCGUGAACAUUCGGACACGCUCACAUUAGCGUUCGGACAUGUGAAAGGCAUCGCGUGUUUUUAAAGCUGCACCCCGUGUCUCUUUAAAGCUUUGGACCCAUGUGUCUUCAGAACAAAUCAGCACGAUGUGAGGACCUCCCCUGACAGCUCGUGCUGAGUUUUAUUUAGCUGCUUCGUGGAGUGCCAACAGAAAGCGCUCUUAUUGCGAGCAAACACAGCAAUGUUUAUGUUCCGGUCGCACGGCUGUUAGGAAAGUCUCCACCUCGUCAUGGAACUGAGUUGGUGAGUGGUGGCUCUGUGGUCAGUGCGGAGGCAGUAUGGGAUCAUGUGACCAUGGCAGAGCGUGAGUUGGCCUUCAAGGCUGGCGAUGUCAUCAAGGUGUUGGACGCGUCCCACAGAGACUGGUGGUGGGGGCAGAUCGAUGACGAGGAAGGAUGGUUCCCUGCCAACUUCGUCAGGGUGGACCCCAGCUCCACCCAACCUCCACCCAAACACCAGCUUUUGUACAUCAACCCCGUGGUCGUCCCACGCUGUCCCAACGCCCCAGCCAAGCUGUGGGCGAACCAGGAGGACAGUACAGCAGUGGAACCAGCAGAGGGCAGUAGCGAGGUACAGAACGGCCACGGUGAGGCCAGUCCCAACCCCAGCACAGACUGCCUGUGUCUGGGCCAACCUCUGCAGAACCGCAACCAGAUGAGAGCAAAUGUCAUCAAUGAGAUUAUGAGCACAGAGAGACACUACAUCAAACACCUGAAGGACAUCUGUGAGGGGUAUCUGAAACAGUGCAGGAAGAGGAGAGACAUGUUUAAUGAUGACCAGUUGAAGGUGAUCUUUGGGAACAUCGAGGACAUUUACAGAUUUCAGCUGGGCUUCGUCAGAGACCUGGAGAAACAGUUCAACACAGAAGAGCCUCAUCUCAGCGAGAUUGGGCCCUGUUUCCUGGAGCAUCAAGAUGGUUUUUGGAUCUACUCCGAGUACUGUAACAACCACGUGGACGCCUGUAUGGAACUAACACGCCUCAUGCGGGAUGGGCGGUACCAGCACUUCUUUGAAGCAUGCCGAUUGGUCCAGCAAAUGAUUGACAUCGCUAUUGAUGGCUUUCUGCUCACUCCAGUGCAGAAGAUCUGCAAGUAUCCACUCCAACUGGCAGAGCUGCUGAAAUACACUGUACAGGAACACAGUGAUUACCGGUACGUUGCUGCAGCUCUGGCCGUAAUGAGAAAUGUAACACAACAGAUUAAUGAGCGAAAACGAAGACUUGAGAACAUUGACAAAAUUGCCCAAUGGCAGGCCUCCGUACUGGAUUGGGAGGGUGAUGAUGUCCUGGAUAGGAGUUCUGAGCUGGUCUACACGGGAGAGUUGUCCUGGAUCUAUCAGCCCUAUGGGCGGAGCCAAACACGAGUGUUCUUCCUAUUUGACCACCAGAUGGUCAUCUGCAAGAAGGAUCUAAUCCGGCGAGACAUUCUGUACUACAAGGGCCGGAUCGACAUGGACCGCUACGAAGUCGUGGACGCCAUCGAUGGACGCGACGACGACUUUAAUGUUAGCGUGAAGAACGCUUUCAAACUCAGCAACAGGGACUCAGACGAAAUCCACAUUUUCAUUGCCAAGAAACUGGACGAGAAGCUGCGCUGGUUACGAGCAUUCCACGAGGAACGCAAGAUGGUCCAGGAGGACGAGAAGAUAGGGUUUGAAAUCUCCGAGUACCAGAAGAGGCAAGCAGCUCUCACAGUGCGCAGAGUCACCAAGCAGAAAGGUACGGGGCGCUCUGCUCCUCCUGCCUAUCCUCCUCCCCUGGACCCCGUGCCCGCGGGCCAGUACCUGCUGCCUGACGCGUACGAGUAUGGACAUAAACGCAGUGCGCCGCCCUUCUGGCACAACAUCACCCGUCUGGCACCCUUUAAGAAAUAACAGCGCCGCAUGUGUGUCUGGAACUCACACACACACUGAGAGGCACGAUGACUGGUGUCAAGGCCGUGGGCGCCCACACACACACGCUCUCACACACACACACACACACACACACUCUCUCAUACACACACACACACACACACAGACUGCUGGAGAGGGAACAGCUGGGCUUCUUCUGCUUCUCCCGCUACACAGCUUGGGCCGGACCACAGGCGCCCCUACAGGCCAGCCUGCACUGAACAAUAAACAUUACAUACUUCACUAUAGAGACACACAUACACACACAAAUAUAUGUACGUGUGUGUGUGUGUGUGUGUGUGUGUGUGUUCAAAUUAUAGUUAAGUACAGAGCACACAGUGUACUUCACUACAGUUUUGAAUAACUUUAUAUAUAUACACACACACACACACACACACACACACACGUCCCACACAUAUAUAUUAUAUAACAUUUAUAAAACCCACACACACAUGAUGUAUCAUAAUUCUUUACACUUGUGCAUCCCUUUGGAAACCAAACCACUGCCCCCACAGCCUUCCUGAGUCCUGGACUAGGGUUUCACGUCGUUACACACUCCUGGACUGGGGUUUCACAUCGUUACACACUCCUGACUCCUGGACUGGGGUUUCACAUCGUUACACACACAUUCCUGAAUCCUGGACUGGGGUUUCACAUUGUUACACACUCCUGACUCCUGGACUGGGGUUUCACCUCCUUACACACUCCUGAAUCCUGGACUGGGGUUUCACAUCGGUACACACUCCUGACUCCUGGACUGGGGUUUCACAUCGGUACACACUCCUGACUCCUGGACUGGGGUUUCACAUCGGUACACACUCCUGACUCCUGGACUGGGGUUUCACAUCGGUACACACUCCUGACUCCUGGACUUGGGUUUCACAUCGGUACACACUCCUGACUCCUGGACUGGGGUUUCACAUCGGUACACACUCCUCACUCCUGGACUGGGGUUUCACAUCGGUACACACUCCUGACUCCUGGACUGGGGUUUCACAUCGGUACACACUCAGUGUUUUGUCUCCUCAGACCUUCAAAUGAAGAACCAUUUUCAUGUUAAAGAGAAAAUGAGAGCUGACCAAACCCUGAGUGAUCCCAGCCCAGUGCAGCUCUGCAGGCCUUCUGUUGUCCAUGCACUGUGACUCUUUGGGCAUUUCUCUCUCAUACUGCAUCACCUGUCUGUAAAGGUUUUCAGGAGCUUCUGUCCCACUCAACCCUCCCGUCUUCUGCUUCUCUUGUUUUGGUGACUUUCUCAGUGAAUUAUUUAUUCUGUCUUCAUUCACAAAUAUUCUGCAUGAAAACACAUCACAGGUAUUUUUUUUUAAUCUGUGCGAUUAUAUUCUUAUGGGCUAAAGUUAUGAAAAAGUACAAAAGAAUGCACCGCCCACCAUCCCACAGGAAUGGUACCAGGAGCUGUGAAGCGUGAUGUGACCCAGGUUGGUGUGUGUGUGUGUGUGUGGGGGGGGGGGUGUUCGGUUUAUUUGCACGGCGCUGUGUUUAUGUUCAGCUCACCAGGUCUAAACACGGCUACAGGAACCCUAGAGCAACUUGCCUUCUGUCAUUCUGCCAGUAACCUAUACCCAAUGUUCCUGAACGCCACACCAGACUUCAGUCCAGUUUAAAUGCCUAAUUAUUCUAAUGUUAAUUAUCUAAUUAUUUCUGUUCCUUUCCAGUAUUGUGCCAAAUCUUCCCAAAAACAGGCAAACUGGCAUGAAUGUUACCAGAUCUGUUUGAAAUGGAACCCAGCUAACCCUGACCUUGACCCUGACCCUAUCUGUCUAAACCUAACCUUAACCCUAACCCUGACCUUGACCCUGACCCUAUCUGUCUAAACCUAAC